UAGUAAGUAGGUCAGGAAGAUCUGCGGGCGCCGCCAUCCUAGUUGGCUGAAAGAAUUCUGGGGCCAGGAUUAUCUCAGACUGGGGACCAGGGUCACCGGGCCACUCGCUGGGCACCUGACUCGGGGCGGGCCAAGGAGCAAGAAACCCGGAAUUGGUCCUAGGAGUUUCUCUGGUCCAGUUUUGCGGUGCUUUAGGCUUCCUCUGCCCCAGAGCCGGCUCCAGGCUCCGCUGAUCUGCGCCUCCCAGGCCCUCACGAUGGCGAGAGCCUGGGUCUGCUUGGCAGGCGCCGUCUUCUUCCUUUCCUGUCUGGUUUUGCAUUCGCGCUUCUGUGGCUCUCUGGUUUCAAGGACACUUUCUUUGCACGUUUCCUGGAGAAUGGAGGACCCUCUUUUCCGGCUGGAUUUGAGUUGGCCCAAGAAUUCAGAAUACUUCACUGGUGCAACAUUUUGUGUUGCAGUUGACUCCCUCAAUGGGUUAGUUUACGUAGCUCAAAGAGGGGAUCACAUCCCCAAGGUGUUAGUGUUCUCAGAGGAUGGAUAUUUCCUACGAGCCUGGAACUAUACAGUUGACACACCUCAUGGUAUGUUUGUCUCCGGCACACCAUAUGAACAGUCCGUCUGGAUCACAGACGUAGGAAGUGGACCCUAUGGCCAUACUGUUAAAAAAUAUAAUUCCCUGGGUGAUCUUGUUCAAGUCUUGGGAACCCCAGGCAAGAAGGGCACUGGCUUGAACCCACUGCAGUUUGACAACCCCGCAGAAUUAUAUGUAGAUGACACCGGAGAGAUUUACAUUGUUGAUGGAGAUGGGGGACUGAAUAACAGACUGGUCAAACUAUCCCAAGAUUUCAUGAUCCUCUGGCUGCGUGGAGAGAAUGGAACAGGACCUGCCAAGUUCAACAUACCUCACAGUGUUACACUCGACUCAGUUGGCCGGGUAAAGACAGUGUUCAUGUGUUUGGAACUGUGUGGAUAUGGGUGGGUGGGCAUGUCUCGGUGUAUGUGUCCUCUUUUGUUUCUGUUGCUAUUCUUUCCUCUUAGGUUCACCCCAGAUGGGAAGUACUUGAUUGUGGCCCAGCUGAACCUCAGUAGACUGUCAGUGUUGGUUGCCCCACCCUCUGGAAGCAUUGGGGACUGCUCUGUGGUCAGCACUAUCCAGCUAGCAGAUCAGGUUCUGCCACAUCUUUUAGAAGUCGACAGAAAGACUGGCGCUGUCUAUGUAGCAGAAAUUGGGGCAAAACAAAUACAAAAAUACAUCCCGUGGCACAGUGGCAUCCCUGCCUUCGGAGCUUAGUGCUUCCAGCUGGGAGGAGCUUCAAGUAGCAGUUCAGAGCCACAUGGUCACUUUUGCCUCUUCUACAAGAAAAGUGUGUUGCUAUGUCAUGAAGAGUCAUGUUUUCUUAUGGUUUUGGGACUCGGUUUUACAACUAUGUGUAUAAGAAUUGUUUUUCUUCUUGGUG